UCCUCGUUCCGCUCCUUCUCCACAUUCUCACCACAUUUGGGCGAUUUGAGAGCACCAAUAAUAAACCGCACUCACCUCAUAUUAUGUGCCUGGAAUCCGGCUCCAAAAUGCUCCGGCGGAGACCAAACCCUCUGCCCGUCCUCUGCUUCCAGGACAGCAGCUCCGACACUGACAGUGAGCCGCCCCGGGUGCUCCCCCGCCUGCCGGCCCGCAACAGCCACCCGGAGAUCUUCACCUUCGAUGUGCAGUCUGUGGCCCCCGUGAAGCCCCUGAGGGCCAAGGGGAGGAGACCCCGCAGGGUCCUGUAUCCGGCCAAAGUGCGGCGCUACCUGCCUCCCCCAGAGACUGACCGGCCCCUGCGCUGGUUCUACCUGCUCUGCCUCUUGGUCUUCGUUCAGAUCUGCUGCGAGGAUGCGGUACCGGAGGAGCUGGAACUCCCAUCAUCCGGUGUACAACUACUCCCACAGCCGUGUGCCCUGCUGCCCGUCACCCCGGAGCCCCCGGUGCCCUUCACCAACCACAGCCUGGAGCUGCACGAUGCCACCCUGAGCUGGGUGUACCAUCAGCGCUGAGGACCAUCACCCCCAUCAUCCUGAGGGACUAUACACUACAGCCUGGAGCUGAGCCCCUGCAAGAGAGGGCAGGACAACCCUACAGCUAAAGGGACUGCAUGGAAGGGCCCCUGGGGGCCACACUGCAGAGGAGACUUCAAUAAGGACAAUGCACUAAUAAAACCGCAGGGUCUGAACAUGGACUGACACUUGAAUCGUUUGCACUGAGCGUCUUAUGACUUUAUUUAUGUAACUAAGACUAUUUAUAUUAUGGAUAUUAAUAAUAUUUAUGAAAUAUUUAAUGUGUGAAAAUAAUAUUUAAUAUUGUGUUUAAAAUAAAUGAAUAUGGUUGA